AUGCUUGCAGCGGUACGCCUUCGAAAGCUAAAAUCAGUUCGUGGAGGUCCUUUUGACAACUUCUGCGUUACACCAGAAGUACUCGAGGCUGCAAUUAAGACAGAUCGAGCAAACGGGCUGAUUCCGUUUAUGUUUAUUAUGACUCUCGGCACUACUUCCACUUGCGCUUUUGAUCCGUUGGAGCAACUUGCACCAAUAUGCCAGAAAGAGGAUAUGUGGGUACAUGUCGAUGCCGCUUACGCAGAAUACCGCUUCAUUGGAAAUGGCUUGAAAUUCGCCGACUCGUUUAACAUGAACGCUCACAAAACGAUGCAAGUUACUUUCGACUGCUCACCGAUGUGGUUAGUGCUUGAUGAUAGAUGA